UCUACUAUUUGUAUGACUCAAGAAGAAGGAUACAUUUUGAGUGGGAAAAUCAUCUUCAAGAAGCAGAGUUAGAGGAAGUUUGAAAAUAAUGGGAAGAGUUAAAAAAGGAAAGAGGGCCCAGAGGAAGGACUUAUGGGCAAUGGCUGGUGGAAUGGAAGCAUUGGUCCGAGGACUGAAGAGUGUUCACAUUACCAAAAGAGAUACAGGACAUUCUUCAUAUAUUUGGUCGGAACUCGCUAUAAUCCUUUUUGGUCAUGAUGAUAAGAAACACCGUCAUUGGCUGUGGGUUGUAUGGACCAACAAUCGAAAAGGAUUGAGGGAUUUGAUCAAUAAACGUCAAAAAUCAUUAGAGCAGAAGGAAGUUCAGGUAAUGGAGGAAAAUCAAAACGAGAGAGAUGUUGGAGGGGAAUGUUCUGAAGACUGUCUUUCAAAGGACUUGCCUCUGAGCAUGAUUCAGCAUAAGGUAUCAGAUGAGGACAUAGACAAGAAUGAGGCAGAAGACAAACAACAAAGGAUGUCUUCUCAGAGUGGACUUGAAGAUGACCAGUUAUCAGAUGAGGACAUAGACAAGAAUGAGGCAGAAGACAAACAACAAAGGAUGUCUUCUCAGAGUGGACUUGAAGAUGACCAGUUAUCAGAUGAGGACAUAGACAAGAAUGAGGCAGAAGACAAACAACAAAGGAUGUCUUCUCAGAGUGGACUUGAAGAUGACCAGUUAUCAGAUGAGGACAUAGACAAGAAUGAGGCAGAAACUGAAGAACAGAAUUUGCAAAGAGGAGCACAAGAUGUCAAUAAAAACACAGGCACCAAAACACAUUGGCGGAAGUUGCCAGUAGUAUCUAAAAGGUUCGGAAUAACAGUAAAUAGAAAGAAAUGGCAAAAGAUUGUUCCUUUGACGGGUUCAAACAAACUGAGGCAACCGUGGACCGACGUGUUGUACAAGAGUUUCCGAGAGAAAAAUCCCUGUUGUACGCUUGCCUUCAAGAGUCACCACAUAAAAACUCCCAACAGCAGGAAAAUUAAAAGUCCGUACUUAAACAUCUGUGCAGUUUGUACAUUCCCUUCCUGCAGGGCCAAAUUCUUCUUUAAAAUCCAAAAUCAGCCAGUGGGAGACACCCUUGUUAAAAUAUCUGUGCUGCAAAGAGGGAAAAUGACACACAAAGCAAAUGAGACAAAAUUCCGACCAGCAGCAAACAGAAGAAGAGGCAGAAUUGCAAGAGCCCUGCAUAAAGGAGUAAUGUUGCAUCCAAAGAUCCAGGUCAGACCAAAAGAGUGCUUUAUUACUGCCUCACUCUUCCUGGAGGUGGUCAGCAAGUACCUCCCCUCCCAGUCUGUGAAAUGCUGA